AUGAAGAACACCGGUAGAGGCAGAAAUCUGGCGACUGAUGAUCAACGGGCUAAAGCUCUGUCUCCAACGCCUAGCACCAGGCAUAUCUCCACAAGGCGGUUGAAUCUUGAAAGAGAACCGUUGAAGAACAACCAAGAAAGUGAAUACCUCACCUUUGCGAACACACCAAUUGUGAGCGGCAAGCAGCGAAUCGAAUCAGAUCAUCUUUCUGAAGAGUCGAUUGUCGUUCUGCGCAUGACACCGAUGAUACCCACAGAGAGUAUCAAUCAUGUAUCUUCGAACAGUUUAAACCGAAGAGGACUGUCGUCAAAUAUACUGGCUACCUACGUUCCUGUUUCGGGCCAGGACACACCAGACUGGUGGGUUUUGCUUCCAUAUUAUUUGCCAAUCUUAUCUUGGAUAAGCCAAUACUGUAACGAGUUUUUUAUUGGAGACUUGAUAGGUGGAAUCUCGUUGGCCACCUUUCAGAUUCCUCUAGCCAUUUCAUAUUGUACAUCGCUAGCCAAGGUUCCUAUUACUUGCGGUUUAUACUCACUUGGUAUUUCUCCCUUGAUAUAUAUGCUCCUUGGUUCAGUUCCUCAAAUGAUUGUUGGCCCUGAAGCACCCAUAUCGUUGAUUGUUGGACAAACAGUAGAACCGAUACUCCAUCAUGCUAAAGAAUCUCUUGACCCUGUUGAGUAUGUGGUGGUGAUCACAUUCGUCAGUGGAGCAACGCUCCUCGGGUUUGGUUUGGGUCGGUUUGGCUUUUUGGAUAAUGUCUUGUGUGCGUGCCUAUUGAAAGGUUUCAUAUUCGGUGUUGGAAUUGUCAUGUUGAUCAAUUCUUCUAUUGAAAUGCUUGGUUUGACAUCUGUUUUAGAGCGAGUGAUCGAUGACCUGACAGAUAUGGAUAUUCACUCUCCAUUUGAUAAGCUCAAAUUUUUGAUGGCUCAUUUCCAUGAAUAUCAUGUGCUCACUUUGCAAAUCAGUUUGAUCGCCUUUGCAACUAUUAUGCUGAUCCGGCGACUCAAGGCUGUCGCAACGAAACUGAAAUCGAGAAUAGCACAGCACGCUGUUUAUUUUCCUGAAAUUUUGUUGGUCGUGGUGACUUCUACUAUACUCUGCCAAAAAUUUAAAUGGAACCACCUAGGAGUUGCAAUUGUUGGUUCUGUUGAUGAAGUCGACAGUACAAUCCCGAUUUACAAUCCUUUCUCGCUGACAAGCUUAUCCCUCAUUAAGAAACUAAGCUCGGCGGGAUUUGUGUGUGCAAUGUUGGGCUUUUUCGAAUCUACGACAGCUCUGAAGUCUUUGGGAUCUCGAUAUGAUUUGCCAAUUUCAUCCAACAGAGAACUUGUAGCGCUCGGAACUAUCAACGUGAUUGGAAGUAUUUUUGGGGCUCUUCCAGCGUUUGGAGGUUAUGGCAGAUCAAAGAUUAAUGCUAUAUCUGCAAGAACUACAACAUCAGGGGCAAUUAUGGGACUAAUUUCCCUAGCGACAGUGAGUUCAAUUUUGAAAUACUUGCACUACAUUCCCAAGUGUAUUCUAAGUGUGAUCACUGCUGUGAUUGGUAUAUCUUUGAUGAGUGAAGCUCCAUCAGAGAUUAUAUUCCAUUGGAGAAGUGGCGGACUUGAUGAAUUAAUCACCUUCGUUAUAACGGUUAUUACGACUCUAUUCUUUUCUAUGGAAGCAGGCAUUGCAGUCGGAUUGGUGUAUCUGUUGAUCAGAGUCAUUAGAAAUUCCGCUGAAUCUAACAUUCAGAUUUUGGGAAGGGUGCCUGGAACUAAUACGUUCUUGGAUGCUGACCUUGCAAACCUUGAUCAGGCAGAUGAAGAUGAUGCCUAUAGGCGACAAUGCUCCGGUCUCGGUGGUUUUGAGAAGAAAGCUUCACAAUUGAACUUAUUUACUGACAACUUUCGGCUUCUAAAUUUCCUGGCUUUAGAAGAAAUCGAAGGUUGCUUGAUCAUAAAAAUUCCGGAGCCGUUAAAAUUCACGAAUGCUAGUGACCUUAGAUCCAGAUUGAUGCGCGUGGAAUUGUAUGGUUCGACCAAGGCGCACCCAGCACUGAGGCGAAGCAGAGAUGAAUCCAUGACUAAGUAUAUGAUUUUUGAUCUUGAGGGAAUGACUUCUAUUGACUCUUCUGCUGCGCAGAUAUUAAAACAAUCCUUAUUGGCUUAUCAAAGAAGAAAUAUUCGAACAUUUUUCAUUCGUGUUAGCAAGAAUCGUCGGUUAAGGAACAGGUUAAGAGAUACAGGCAUAACAGACAUAUUGCGUUCAGAUUUGAGAGAUAUUAAAUAUUUCGAGAUGAGGACGCAUAGCAGUUGGAGCAGAUUUAUGGGAAAUGCUGAACAUUUUAAUAAUAACAUUGAUGAUGUGUUGGACAACAGUUACAAUAACCGUGCCAUCGGAAGUUCGAGUGACCCAUUUUCUGGGAUGACCGAGAGUUCUUCGUCGCCAUAUUUUGAGCAUAUUAGAGGAGCUCUUAAGGUGAUUGACUUUUACGAACAACAUUACCUUGAUCGAACAAACUCUGUAUAG